GGAGAAGGGACCCUUGGGACCCCCAACACUCCCAGCAUCCUUAAGUGGGACCCCCAGCAUCCCAGACAGGGAACAUCAUCCAAACCCUAGAGGGGAGAGACCAGAGAGGGGGAACUUCUGGGAGAGAUUUUUUUGGAGUACUUUCUAGCUGAAUCUCAAAUUUUUGCAGUUUGAGGGGACAGGGGCCUUCUUGCUGUUUCUGAGGGGAUUUUUGCCUGAAUCUGGGUGGUUUGGGUUUUUCUGGGCUGAGUCUUUUUGGUUUGGAGGUUUUUAUGGACCUUGGAUCCCCGCAGGAUUUGUCCUUCCCAAAGCUUGGGCGGAUGGAGGAGGAGGCUGGGAGGAAGGGGAAGAUGCCGCGGGCCCCCCAGAUAGGCCCCAAGCUGAGGACAGAGAGCACAGAGGACAAAUCCCCCCGGCAGAGCCUGGUGGGAGAGGCCGUUUUGAAGGGCUCCCCAGUGCGGGAAGGCAGCGGGGAGGAAAAGGCCCGGAGAUGCCCCCGGAGGAGGGGGAAAAGAGCCAUGCUGUGCCAGGAAGGUGGCCAGAGCUUGAGCCGGAGCUCCGAGCUGGUGGUCCCUGAGCAGCCUCCCAGCAGGGAGAAGCCCUUCAGGUGCUUGGAAUGUGGGAAGAGCUUCAGCCAGAGCUCCAACCUUUUCAACCACCAGCGCAUCCACACUGGGGAACGGCCCUACACAUGUAGGGAAUGUGGGAAGAGCUUCAGCCAGAGCUCCAUCCUCCUCAAUCACCAGCACAUCCACACUGGGGAACGGCCCUACACAUGUAAGGAAUGUGGGAAGAGCUUUAGGAACAACUCCAACUUGAUCCAACACCAGCGCAUCCACACCGGGGAACGGCCCUACACGUGUUGGCAGUGUGGGAAGAGCUUCAGGCAGAUCUCCAACCUCAUCAAGCACCAGCGCAUCCACACUGGAGAACGACCCUACAAGGGCUUGAAAUGUGGGAAGAGGUUUCAGACCAGCCCAGAUCUUCUCAGGCAUGAGCAGACACACACAGGGGAGAGGCCCUUCCACUGCACCGACUGUGGGAAGGGCUUCAAUCGGAAGUCCCACCUUGUCACCCACAGGCGCAUCCACACCGGGGAGAGGCCCUACAAGUGUGGGGAGUGUGGGAAGAGCUUCACCCAGAGCUCUGGCUUGACCUCACAUCAACGGACCCACUGGUAAGAGAAGCCCCACGAGUGCCCCGACUGCAGGGAGAGCUUCGGCCGCUGCUCCCACCCCGAAUGACCCCCCUGAUGGUGAGGCAACCCCUGGAGUCCAGCGACUGUCAGUCCAUC